AGUUCCCUUCAUUACGUCAGUGCUGCUGCCUUCAAGGACCAUCCGCUAGUUUAGACUCCUUACGGUAACAGACGUGUGGGGGGGGUAAAGGUGUAAUAACGGGUCGCAAGCAACUUUGGACACAUGAUAUAAUAGGUCUGUGAUAGCGACACGUCCGGUUUUCAGACGCCACGAUGGAUUGCAAACCUCGUAGCACAUUUUGUUUGAUUUUAUUGAGAGUUGAGACAUAUUUACACAUUGAACACUCUGAAGUUGGGGCCCGGGAGGAGUAUGUAAAUGCAGCGUUGGAACAGCACAUGCUCACUGAUCUGAAGCCAUCUAUUGGUGAAGGGUUGAGCGUGCUGAAUAUUUUAAAAUUGACACACUAUACUAUGCUUUGGCAAUAUCACUCUAAUGGUAUAUUUAAAAAAAAUAGAAGGAUGGAUUGCUGAGAUCAUAGCUGAUUAUUUGGCUAAUUUAAUCAUCAUAUUAGAAAACUAACAUGAAUGUGUAUAGUGUAUAUUUAGAUUUAGAGGGCUUUACCAAAUUUUAGAGUGAGACAUAAGGGGGAGUUAAUGUAAUUGGUUGCCAAUGAUAUGGUUUAAAUACAUAUCACAAUAAUAUUUUUUUCUAUCACAUUAUAUAUUCAAAUGUAAGUGCAAUGCAAUCAGUUGUGUUCCACUUUUGUGAAUUUGCAUCAGACAAAAAGUCUUAAUAGAUAUGAAGCAAAACCUUCUUGACUCAUUUUGUUACUUUUUAAUUAAUAUGCUUCAAAUUAUGAAUUUGGACAACUUUGAAUUACGCAUGAUCAAAUUAUAAUGAUAUAACUCCACUGUUGAUGAAGGAUUAUAUUGAAUUGAAGACGGCAGUGGUGAGUCCUGAGAAUGCACAGUGCUUUUGAUACCACUGAUCAGCUCAUACUGCUUGAUAAGAUAUAAAAACUAAGUUGGCGUAUCUUGAAUACCCACUGAGUACAUUUUCUUCUGUCUAGUCUGACAUUCACUGUCUCUAUAGGCGGCUUUACAUCCUUAUCAGCAUUACUGAUAUGUGACUCCUUCAUGGAUCAACAGUUGGUCUGUUUUAGUCACAUCUUAGGACAUAAUCUGUUUAACUUGAAAUAGCCUCUUUACUAUGUAAGGUAUGAUUGCCUGACUCCCACUUAAACCUGCACUGCACAGAAUUUUCUGUACCCUGCAAAAAACAAAGGUUUUUGAUUGAUUGGCUCCAGACAGACCAAUCACCCCAUUACCUCCUUCCUUUUACCAGCUCCCACUUCACUUGAGACUUGCUUUUAAUUGCUCUUGUUUAUUGAGGUUUUUGAAUUGACUGGCCACAUGGGACCUCCUGUAGAGUCUGGACUUUAUUAUCAGAUUUUCCUGCCAAAGCUGAAAACUAAAUAAUGAAUCCUAAUGUAGAAUUGGAUUCAGAAAGAAUGUUAACAGAAAUUAAGAAAGAAAAUAUAAGCAUUUUUUGUUAUUCAUAUCUUAAUAAUGUAAUAUAAUUUAAUAAUAUAAUAUCUUAUAUUGCAAGUUGACAUUUAAAUGAGAAUAGUUGAUUUUUAGUCAAUGUCAGUGUCAAACUCUGCUCUUGUAUAUAUAUAUAUGAAGCAACAACUGAAAAUAGACGAAAGUGAUACACACCUAUAGAACAAGAAUUUCUACCAAACUGACUGAAAUAUAAUAUGCAGACAAGUGAGAAUUAAAAUAAGCUCUGAUGAGUUCUUACACUGGAACGUAGCGAAUGUUCCAUUGUGCCACUUUCUACUUUCACUUCAAUCUUAAAGCUGUCAAAAUGAAACUAGCUGUGAUAAUGAGUGAUUGUAUAUCUACCUAACCUGUCAAACCAGUAAGUUGUGGUCAGAGAGCAGAUAAGCAGAGAAAGAACCCAAUCUCCCUAUAAAACAACUUUACAAUGACGAUAUUGAUAUGAAAAUAUUAAAACAUUGUUAACCAAGUGGACCUUUGUAACCAAUUUUACAACAAUUACACUUUCAUAGAGAUGUGGUUCACAAAAUACCUUUAUAAUCUGCCAUCUGAAUAUAGUUUCAUUUUCAAUUCUUAUUUUUUUUUUUUGACAUUGUCAAUCAAUAGCAAGCACAAAAUGUGUUUACAUUUGAGGUCAUGCUGCUGUGAGGAAAUUGGGAUAAACAAACUGGACUGGACUCUGCUCAGUCCCAUUUUUGAUACAAAUGUUUUUGGUUUGGCAAAGUUUUGGGGACAGCUGCUCUUCAAGUCUCUUCUUGUGUCCAUCAUGCUGACUUUUCUUUGGAAAUUCACUGUCUUUCAUUUCCUCAUCAUCUCCUGCUGGUUACUUAAUUAUGUAAAAUCUGAGGACAAGCCGAAUAUACCAGCAAUCGCCAAAUAUUUCACCACCAAAGGGAGGUACGAGGAGGUGAACCCGUAUCUCACAGAGGACAUACUUGCUGUAAACAGGUCUAUUUUACAGCCUCCAUCUGCAAAAUGUCAAGAAAUGUAUCUGACUGCAAUAAUAAGACACGGCACAAGAUAUCCAACAACCAAAAACGUCAAGGAGAUGCAGCAGCUCUACAACAUAGCCCAGCAUAAUGCCUCAGGCCAAGAGAGCUGGCUGCGCGAAAUCCAGACCCAGUGGACGAUGUGGUACACUGAGGACAUGGACGGCCGACUUGUACAGAAAGGUGUGAACGAUCUAAAGCAUCUGGCCGUCAGGCUGUCAAAGCUGUUCCCCUCACUCAUUUCAGAGGAGAAGCUCCGAGGUGGAUUCAUCCAAUUCAUAACCAGCUCAAAGCACAGGUGUGUCAACAGCACACUGUCCUUCAAGGCUGGACUGACAGAGCUGUGGGCUAUUACAGAUAGGGAGUUCGACCAUUCGGUGAAUGAUACUCUCAUGAGGUUUUUUGACCAGUGCACCAGGUUUGUGGAGGAAGUUGAUAACAACAAGUCAGCUGUGGUAGAGGUCAACAAGUUCAAGCAGGGACCAGAGAUGAGGAGGGUCCAGGAGAAGAUCGCAGACCGUCUCAGAGUCCCGCACAAUCUUAUCACGCAUGAUAUGACUGAGGCUGCAUUUUACUUGUGUGCUUAUGAAUUUGCAAUCAAGGAGGAGAACUCCCCCUGGUGUCAGCUCUUUGAUGAGGACGAUGCACAGGUUAUGGAGUAUGCAAGUGACCUGAGGGAAUUCUGGAAAAGGGGCUACGGUUAUGAUAUUAACAGCAAGUCAAGCUGCGCGCUCUUUCAUGACGUGUUCAGACGACUGAACAAGGCAGCCGAUGAGAACAAGUCAGGCCAGCAGGUGACUGAAGCUGUAACGGUCCAGAUCGGCCAUGCAGACACCCUCCUGCCACUGCUUACCCUGCUGGGCUUCUUCAAGGACAGCGAUGCCCUGACAUCCACCAACUACGCCACACAGAC